AAUGGCUAAACACAUCCAGAUUCGGAAAUUCCAGAACCCCGACGGCUUUGACCCCGGAGGCUGUGCCUAAACCCUCUUCCUCGUCGCCAGCGGCCCCGCGCUCCUGGCCUCGCCCUAAUCCGGCCAUGGUGGGCUCUGAUCCGGACCUGAGCGGAGGCGCCCCGGACGUCUCCGAGCUAUUCUGCCACUACAACUCCCUCUACUUCCACGAUUCCCUGGGGUCCUGCGCAGUCUCCUGGGCGGAGGACCCACUGCCCGAUCGUGAUGUAAGCACGUGUGAUUAUUAUCCUGGAGGUGGUGGCUGUAUUAUACUUCUUUCCAAAUCCUUGUGCGAAUGUCAUGAUGAAUCUGAUCUGAAGAAUGCUUUGCUUCAUGAGAUGAUUCACGCCUAUAUUUGCAUCAAAGAUAAUAACAAUAACCACAGUGACCAUGGUGCAAAAUUUCGGAAACUGAUGAAUUCAAUCAAUUUGAGCUCCGUAGCUGAUCCCCAUCGACCAGUUGAUGGCUACAGCAUAACUUUGCUCCAUGAAAUCAGAAAGAAAUAUUAUCACUAUAAGUGUCAAAGCUGUGGAGAUUUGAUCAAGUCAAUCAAGUUGAGAGUUCCUUCUGGUGAUGACUGCAUCGAGAGAAAAGGUGUUGAUGACCCAUGUCAAAAUUCUAAGUGUCACUGGCAUAGACACAAGCAGCGGUGCCCAGGUAGCUAUUGUAGAGUUCAAGAUUCAUUACCUGGAGGUCCAAAAGUGGAAGAUGCACUCGACGAGGGCAAGGCUGAAGAAGCUGUCUGCAGAAGUUGGCACUUCACAUAUACAUCAGACAAGGGCGGAAGAAGCAACAAAAAUGAACGGGAAGAUGCCUCUACUGAGUUCCUUCAUGUUACUGAUAAUACAGUUGGCAGUUCACUGGAUUCCUCCUCAAGAGACAGGUCUAACAAGAAAAUCAAAAUUUCAAAGGAUGAUUGCUGUGACCAUCAAAUUAUAGAAACUGUUCAUGAAGCACCAAAACGUCCAAGAACAGCUGUACUAGAGAACCAAGAGUACAGCAGACGGAAGAAAAGGAAACAAAGAAAGGUGGAUGGUUAUUCAGUAAUAAUUGAAUGGCUGAAUUACUAUUGUUUUAGUGAUUCGGAUGAAGAUGAGGUACCAUUGAUUAAUAAGCGAACAGAAAGAAGAAGACGGCAAAAAUUACAUGACAUGUCUAUAGCCAGGUUAUCCAGCAAUGAUGUUGUGUCUGUAAGCUCACCUUCUGAUACAGUUGGUUCUUGCUUGCUAGAUCCAGGGGACAACAGCAAACUUGAAAUUGUGCCAGCUUCUGAGCCUGAAAAAAGAUCCUGGCAAAUUCAUCCUGUGGGUAGCAACUUAGUUGCUGGAAAUCAAGCUGGUCAUGAAUCUCUGUCUUCUCCAUUGGAUUCACCAAUUAGAGGUGAAAUUGUUGACAUUUCAGAUGGUUGAGUACAAGAGUUCCGUUUUAGCUCCUUAUACUGAAGCCUGGCUUCAGGAUUAUCCAGUAUAGUGGUUGUAAAGACCCUAGUUUCUUUUGUGCACCUUGCAACUGCUAGACAAGUAGACAUGCGCAGACUGCUAAGCCGUCAUGUGAGUACCUUUGUACAUGAGCUGUUUUCCGUUCAUUUAUGCCUUUGUAUAUAAGUUUUGUUUCUUCAUUUUGCA